CUCGUAACUAAGUAAUUGAGACACGUACUCGUGACGUAGAUCCCACUUUUAUUAUUGUACGCACAGCUUGAUGACGAAACAAGCAUCCGUGUUCCUUUCGUGUUCUCAUCCCAACAUUGCUUUGACUUCUAUUUGUCUGUUGAAAUGGCUGGAAGACAGUUCUCUAGAUUGAUUCCUUUAUGUAGAAACAUCCCAAAACAUAGGAUUUCAUUCCUUGCUACCAGAUGUCUUCAUCAAAGAUCCAUGUUAAGUGGAGCAAAGUCUCAAUUGCUUCUGAUUACCUCAAAUAAACAGAUUAAACCAUAUUCUUCGGCUGCUGCUUUGGAAUAUAUCAACAUUCAAGAUGAAAGUGACUUUGAGAAGCGAGUUCUGGACAGUCCAAAACCUGUCGUUGUUGAUUUCCAUGCUACUUGGUGUGGUCCAUGCAAACUACUGGCUCCACGAUUAGAAAAGAUCUGUGAUGAACAUAAAGAUGAUAUUAUUUUGGCCAAAGUUGAUAUUGAUGAGAACACAGAACUUGCAAUGAAAUAUAGUGUCAGUUCAGUGCCAACCGUUAUUGGUGUCCGCAAUGGGAAGACAGUGGACCAGUUUAUUGGCCUACAGCCUGAUGACUUAAUUGAAAGCUUUAUUGAGAAGCUCAAACACUGACCUCAUUUCAAGCCAUUAAAACUGUCAGGAGUGGUGGUGUUGUUGUUGUAUGAUAAUGGUGGUGGUGUAUAUAUCAGCUGUUUAUUAGUCAGCAGCAAAAAAGGCCUAAGCAGGAAUGAAGAUGAUGUGUGUAUAUAUGUCUAUGCGGGUUUGUUUAUGUCUAUGUGUGUGUGUGUGUGUGUGUGUAUUUGUUUCUCAACAUUAGAUAAUGUUUGGGCACAGGCCAGGCAGGGAGAGGGUUUGACAAGAUCCAGCAAGCCCUUGGACCACGUGGAACUAUUAUGUCAUCUCAAUGUGACCCUGUUGCUCACCAGAUCCUGUCAAGCCAUUCACGCCAUCCCUGUAAGGAAAACACAUUCAAUAAAUAUGAGGACCUAAUAUUCAAUGUGUAUAUUUGGGUGUCUGAUGUCUUGUUUUUGUGUAUAUAAAUAUGUGUGCAUUAUAUUUGUAUGUAUGUUUUUUUUUUUCCUUUGUGUUGAUUAAAUUUUAGCUUUAAUGUAAUGAUGUUUGAGAUUUGUGUUUUCUUUUAUAUUUUUUUAAAACUUAUCUAUUUUGAAUUGAAGAGAUGUUGGUAUGUGUUAAUUAUUUUUUUAAUGAACCUCUCUUAAUUAUGCCCAGCAGAUUGAAAUAAAAUAUAAA